ACGCGAAGUCGUCUCUCUAUAUGAAAAAUUGAACCCUAAUUUCGAUUUCGAGAUCUCGAAGAUGACGAAGGACUUCGCGAUUCCACCAGUGGUCUUCCCCUCCGGCGGAUCCACCGCCAACCCCAACGUCCAGCAACGACGCUUCCCCGCCGCUCCCUUCCAACCUCCCCGCCCCUCCUCCUCCGCGAUCCCUUUCAUGUCCUUCGACAUCGGAUCCGCCGCCGCCUCCUCCGCCGCCCCCGCGGGACCGUUCACCGGGACCUUAAACUCAUCCGCAUCCUUCGGAGGAGGAGGCUCCUCCUCCUUCGAAGACGAGGAGCCGCUCCUCGACGAGCUCGGGAUCCACCCCGAUCAGAUCUGGAAGAAGACCAGAUCCAUCCUCAACCCGUUCCGGAUCAACCAAACCGUCCACCACGACUCGGAUCUAUCCGGCCCGAUCUUCCUCUACCUCGCGCUCUGCCUAUUCCAGCUCCUCGCGGGGAAGAUCCAGUUCGGGGUGAUCCUCGGGUGGAUCGUGGUGUCGUCGAUCUUCCUCUACGCGGUGUUUAACAUGCUCGCGGGGAGGAAUGGGAAUCUGAAUCUGCACACGUGUACGAGUUUGGUUGGGUAUUGUUUGCUUCCGGUGGUGAUUUUGUCUGCUGUGUCGUUGUUUGUGCCGCAGGGAGCCGGGGCGGUUAGGUUUGUGGUUGCGGGGGUGUUUGUGUUGUGGUCGACGAGGGCUUGCUCGGCGUUGGUUGUGUCUUUGGCUGAUGGUGGGGAGGAGCAUCGUGGGUUGAUCUCUUACGCUUGUUUCUUGAUCUAUACGCUCUUCUCUCUUCUUGUUAUAUUUUGAUGAUUUAAUUACGAAGUAUUGAUAGUUUUUUUUUUAAUCUAAAGUUUGUUUGAUUUUGUGGUGGGAAUAGUGGAGCGAUGUGUAAAGGCUUCAUGUUUUAAUUUUAAUUCGAUGUUUGUAUCUUUUUGACUUCAGGAUUUUAUAUUUACAGAGUUUAUUAUCAAUGUGUU